AAUAUCUAAUAAUGAUACAUUCUCAUAUCAAAGAGUACCAAGAUCAGUUACUACAAAAGCUGCCUCAGAUAUAUUAUCAUUUAAUGAGACUAGUGCUAAUGUUUUCUUCAAUAUCCCAGUUAUGUUGGAAUGUACUGGUGAAGCACCUGCAAAUGCUACAAUUACUAUACAAUGUACUGGAAAAGGUGUUGUGUUUAACAACACAUAUCUAGUGAACUAUAGUGCACAACCAAUGAAUAUAACAGGAUCAGCAUUAGUCUCUCAGUAUCAGCAGUGUAAUAUCAGUAUUGUAUUUAGUAAUGAGGCUGGUAGUAGUGAGCCAUUUAUACUAGCAUUUGAGUCUACUACUACACCACCACCUAUUCGUUCAUCAUUUCCUUCAGUAUUUAUACCUGUUAUUGGAAGUCUCAUUGUUGUACUAUUAUUUUUAUUAGCUGGUGUGGCAGUGAUACUGUGCUGCUUGUAUAAAAAAAUCAGGGGAAAAAGAACACUCCUCGAAAAGCCAUGUGAUCUUUGUUCACCAGAGCCUUUGUCUGGAGAUAACAGUCCAAGUGAUAAUGAUAAAAAAAAACAAGAGAUUAUAAAAAUCAAUUUGAAAAGAGAUGAUGCAGCUAUUACAGACAAAGAUGUUGAAAAAUAUCAAAAUAUCACUAAAGUAGCAGCUAAAGACCCAAUAUAUUUAGAUUUAGGUAUACCUUUAACUGGUACGGAUAUUAAACCUUCAGCAAAAACUGAAGGAUCAGUUCAAUAUACUGACGACAUUGAAUCAGUGAGGCCUAAAUCAAAAGUCCCCUCAGUGCAGUCAUCUGAUGAUGAGAUGCUAUCUCCUAAUGAUGCUCUUAUAAUUGGAGCUACUGGAGGAGAUACUAAUUUACUGUCACUGUUACCUGAGAAAAGUAAAGGAACUGCUACGACAGCACAAGAAGUUGAUGGCAGAAAUUAUGUUGCAGAGGAUUUACCUCAUGAUAAAGAUUUGCAAUUUUCUUCUCUGCCUCCCCCUCAUGUUUCUGUGGGUGUACAGGGAAAAAUGGGGAGGAGAAAAGAAGCUGGUUCUGCUGUUGCAAAUAUUCCUGUGGUUGUGGAGUCUUCUUACUUGUAAUGUGUGCUAAACAAUGUAAUGUGUGUUUAUUUAUGCAUAAAACUUUAUUUUCAUGUUUUCAUGAUUUUUAUGCCUUGGGGUCACAUAUAGAAGUCAUGAAUAAAUUAUUAUUAUUAUUAUUAUUAUUAUUAUUAUUAUUAUUAUUAUUAUUAUUAUUAUUGCUAUUAUCUUGCUCACACAUAUGCAUACACUCCACACACACGUUCUCCUCUAUUCACUCUCUUUCCCACCUGUUUAUUUUUGUUAAUCUCGUGCAUUAGCACGUUCAACUUGUUAGCAAAGAGUUUUGGUGGACUUAAGCUCCACAUAUAUACUGUAGAAGCUAAUUUCUUA